CACAAGAAAAAAAUAAAAACACGACAGCUGAUCAAGGUGUCAAAAAAUUCAAAGAAAAGUCCUAAUUUACGGAAUAUAUUUAUUUAUUUGCAUCCAAACAAUUUCUAAUUUGUUUUAUCAGAAAAAAAAAAUGUUUCCAUACCUCGCAAGUACUCGAGUUAAUCUUCAGCUGUAUCAAGAAACCGUGUGUCGUGAACUCCUCGAAAUCCUUGAAAAAUGUGACGGUUCCAAAACUAUUGUCUUGGAUGACAAUCUUUUUGGUCCGAUUCUAUUGAUAGCCAGUCCCUCCCUCUUUUCCGAUAGAAAUAUAAAAAUACAACGUCUGCGAGUCGACACACGUUUUCCAAAAGAUGCUAAAAACAUAAUAUACAUAACUCGUCCCGAGUUAAAGCAUAUGGACAUUAUUGCCAGUCACAUCCAUGGUACUAAUUCAUCCGACAACCGCACAUUCCAUUUAUAUUUCGUACCUCGCAAAUCAUGUCUUUGCACUAAGCAACUCGAAAUUAAAGGCGUCUACGGCAAUUUCACAAACAUAGACAAUCUCCCAUGGAUCUUUUUCCCCGUUGACAAAGACAUUUUGUCAAUGGAACUGCCAAACAGCUUCAGAGAUCUAUCCCUAGACGAUGAUCUCACAUGUCUCUACCAAGCUGCCAUUGGUUUAGUUCAAAUUCAAAAGAUAUAUGGUCGCAUACCAAAGAUUUACGGAAAAGGAAAGUUCGCCCACAAAGUUUGGGAAUACGCUAAACUAAUGGGAACCGAGGACAAAACAAUGUUCAACUCCGAUAAGGGGACAGUCGAUCAAAUGAUAAUUCUUGAUCGUGGGAUUGAUUUGAUGAGUGUCCUUGUGACUCAGUUAACUUACGAAGGACUCAUAGAUGAAAUUUACUCGAUUCAUCAGAAUAAAGUUAGUCUACCGGGCAAAAACUUUGCCAAGUCCAACGAUGACGCCUCACAUGCUAAUUUGGUUCCUGAACAGAAGGUUCUUUAUUUAAAUUCUGAUGAGAAACUCUAUGGUGAACUACGCGAUAAGAAUUUCAAUGAAGUGGGUAAGAUCCUUUCGAAGAGUGCCAAGUCAAUAAGUUCACAAAUGGAAGCAAGUUACCAGGACAAAUCGGUUCAGGAUAUGAAAAUAUUUGUAGAUAGACUGCCGGAGCUGCUGAAACAAAAGCAAUCGGUUGCUACUCACACAACUGUUGCUGAAUUGAUAAGAGAAUAUCUGGACACUUAUGAGUUUACCGAUGACUUGGCUGCCGAACAAGAAUUCAUGGUAUGUGAAGAUAUUGAUAAGCAGAGUGCCUACAUUGAAGACUUGAUUGCGAAGAAGUCAGACAUUCGAAAUGUAUUACGUUUGAUGUGCAUUCAAUGUGUGGCUGCUUCCGGAUUUAAACAAAAGGUUUUAGAUUACUACAAGAGAGAAUUGGUUCAAGUCUAUGGUAUUCAAACUCUCCUUACGAUAAGCAAUUUGGAAAAAACAGGCUUGCUGAAAACCCAAACAGAAAAUCGUCCCUAUGCAGUUUUGAGAAAGACUCUAAACCUAACGGUAGAUGAUGUUGUUGAAGUAGCUCCCAAGGAUAUAAGCUAUGUGCACAGUUUUUACGCACCCUUAACCGUUCGGAUUGUUGAACAAAGCCUAAAACCACUUGGGUGGCAAUCUCUUAAAAGUUCUAUAAAUGUUCUCCCAGGCAAAACAUUUGAAGACUUUCAAGCACAGUUAAUUGGAAUUAACGGCCGACAAUCAUCUACACCAAGUGAAGGAUCAUCGCUUAAUGUUCCUCGUGUUGUGUUGGUAUUUUUCGUUGGCGGUUGUACAUUUGCUGAAAUAUCCGCUCUAAGAUUUUUAUCGCAACAAGAAGACAACAACGUUGAAUUCGUCAUUGCAACUACAAAACUUUUGAAUAAGAACUCAUUCCUGGACACUUUAAUUGAAUUUGCCUAAAAAUAUUUUGCUAUAUACGCUCUAGUUUUGUUUAAAAUAAAUAUAAUUAUAUAAUAAUAUAUUUAUAGAAAAUAUCUGUAUAGAAUUACAUAUGUAUGCAACUAACAUUGUAGUUUCAAAUAAAGUUUAUAUUAAGAAAGUA